AUGAUCACUCAGAAGCUUCCUAAAUUUGACUUUUGCUUGGGGACAGGUUUCAGUGACACUUCUCCAGAUGAAGGGUUAAUAGAGGACUUGACUGUGGAAGACAAAGCUGUGGAGCAGCUGGCGGAAGGAUUGCUUUCCCACUACCUGCCAGACCUGCAGAGAUCUAAACAAGCCCUGCAGGAACUCACACAGAACCAAGUUGUAUUAUUGGACACACUGGAACAAGAGAUUUCAAAAUUUAAGGAAUGUCAUUCUGUGUUGGAUAUUAAUGCUUUGUUCACUGAAGCCAAACACUAUCAUGCCAAGUUGGUGAAUAUAAGGAAAGAAAUGCUGAUGCUUCAUGAAAAGACAUCGAAGUUAAAAAAAAGAGCACUUAAACUGCAGCAGAAGAGGCAGAAAGAAGAGUUGGAAAGAGAGCAGCAACGAGAGAAGGAAUUUGAAAGAGAAAAGCAGUUAACUGCCAAACCAGCGAAAAGGACAUGAAAAGUUGAAUGUGUUUGUGUGUUCUUCCCUCCCCUGUCCCACGUGCUUUGCAUUUAAGAAGACUUAAGUGCAGACUGAAGUUAAGGUAGUGCCUUAUACCAUUGUGUCGUGUUUUGAAAUCCUUUCCCCAGGAGUGCUGUCUCUAUAUGUUCAUUUUAGCCAUUUAAGAGCUUCUUUCUCCCAGCCCCCCCACAUCCCCUCUCCCCCAAGUAAAAGACAGUGUCACUUGGUUGGAUAUUUAUGGGUAAUUUUUUAAUUUCUGUUUUACUUAGUUUUAAAAUUCAUUAUUUUGGCCUUGAAUCAUUUAUGAACUGGAAAAUGGUUUGAUUGUUUUUUAAAUAGAUUUUAAGUGGUUAAAAAUGAGUAUGAGUGUUUUAGCUUCUUAAUAACUGUGGAGUUAAGUUUCAGUUUCUUAUUUUAUGAAAUGGCUUGUCUCUUUUGGAAUACAGUGCUGGUUUUUGGCAGUUGCCUUUUCAUUGCUUGGUUACAAAGAAAUGCCAGCUGUUUAAUCACAUAUGCUACUGGAAAGAGGUGAUGUUAUAAAUCUUUGUGAAGAACAUGAUAGAAAAGUGUAUACACAGUAAAUAAGAGCAUCUUAGACAUAGGCGAGGGGAGCACAAUGCCAGAUAGAUUCCACUCACCAUGGGCUCUGUCUCCUUCCUAGCAUUGUUGCCACUUAGUUCUUAGGUAGCUUCUGGUUCAGAGUAGAUUGAAUCUGCUCCUAAAGUUUGGCAGGGGUGGUGGUAGAGCUGUCACACACUCAGAUAUGCUUAAAUAUUUAUUAUACUUAGAGUUGCCACACACUGAGAUGGUUGUCAAGCUGAUACGAUAGUGAGCUCAACUUUCCAAGUGGAAGGUCUAAUCGCUAGUUCUAUCUUCUGAUUUGCUGUGUGGCUUUACAUGUGGUUACUUU